AGAAUUUGAGACAUACAGAAUUACCAUAGGCCCAUUAGAAUCAACAAUCUUUGCCAAAAUGGAUCCACACUGCAAAACUUAUGAAGAUGUUUGCAUACUGAAGAAGAGUGCUUGGACAAAUAAUUAAACCAUCUUGGUGCCCACUACACAGCCCCCAUUCGCUGGCUACUUUCAUCAGCACACAAAAGACUGAACCAGUCUGCUGCGGAUCACAAGGCAAAGCAAGUUACAAUCAAAAUCCAAUAAACCGAACAAUGGAUCUCAGUCAGUUUUCCAGUCAGCCUCCAGAAGCCUACAAUUCAUCUAAGAAAUCAGGGAUGCCAGCAGCGCCACCACCAGCAUACCAGCACAAUCCUGCUGGAUAUCCUCCCACCUCUCUGAAUCAGCCGGUCAACCAGGGCCCGUACACCCAGGGGCCAUAUCCAGGACAGCCUGCGGUCACUGUACAGCCUGUUGUUUUUGUGACCGCCGCUCCACUGGCCAAUCCAGUGCCAGAUUACCUGGCCUAUUCCAUCUUCACCAUGCUGUGCUGCUGCUUUCCUCUGGGCGUUGCUGCGCUGAUUUACUCCAUCUCUACUCGAGAUGCCAACUUCUUAGGACAGCGAGAAUUAGCAGAGAAGAACUCCAAAAUGGCACGUAACCUGAAUCACACCAGCAUUGGUAUUGUCCUGGCUGGCGUUGUAUUGUUGAUUAUCAUCCAGAUUGUGAUUUGGGCUUCUAUAUAAAAGCUGUUAGAGCUGAGAUGGUUGGAUGCAGAUUACAAACACAUUUGUUUUUCUGUAUUUUAAAUGUUACUUGCUCAAUUUAUCAUUACUCUAUGCAUUAAGGCUGAUUGUUAUAUGUUUAAACCAAUGAAAGCUACCACACAGCUUUCAGUUGUCUUUCCUUCGGUAAUGCAUUGUUCAAACGUUUUGCUUAUGUUACAUAUCUUGUGUGACGCUAUGCUAAUUAUAUAUAUCGCAUACAACUUAGCAUACAUGUGUAUUUAGGUAAUAUGUACACAAUAUGAUUUGAGUUAUUACAUACAGUACCUGCCACAUUUUAAGAAAUUAAUGUCAUCAGCAAAAAUACUACAAAGCAGGGCAGGUUCCUGGCAUGGGUCGAGCCCACCUAAAUGACUGUCUUGCCAAACCCAGUCAGAAUUAGAUAAAGAUUACAUUAUUCUUUUUUUUGUGUGUUUGUGUGCAUAGAUUAAAAUUAAUCUAAAGCCAACUGUAUUUUUUAUAAAUUUAAGCUAUAGCUUGGGACUGCCCAAACAAUCAUAAAAUAACUCCAGAAAAUUACAGCAUAUUUAUUUUAUUAGCUGAAUAUAAGGUGGGCUGAAUACAUGCAGGGGCUUUAGUCUGUUGCAGAAAAGCGGAGGCUGACAAUGAGUGAAAACGGGCAGUAAUAUUUGUGUGCUAUCACAGGGAGUUUGCAAGUUAUGAGGAGUUUAAUACACAAAUAUGUAUCAUAGCCUACCACUGAAAUUACCUGAGCAGUUUUAAAUUCUAAAAGAAAACAAAAUAUCAUUCAAUAACGUGCAUUCACUACAUGGAAAGGGCACAAGCAUAUACUGUACACUGAACAAAAUUAUAAACGCAACACUUUUGUUUUUGCCCCCAAUUUUUCAUGACUUAGGCUCAAAGAUCUAAGACUUUUUCUAAAUACAAAAAAGGCCUAUUUCGAAAAUUGUUCAUGAAUCGGUCCAAUCUGUGUUAGUGAGCACUUCUCCUUUGCCGAGAUAAUCCAUCCACCUCACAGGUGUGGCAUAUCAAGAUAAUGAUUAGACAUAUGAUUAUUGCACAUAUGUGCCUUAGGCUGGCCACAAUAAAUAAAAGGCCACUCUAAAAUGUGUAGAUUUAUCACACAGCACAAUGUCAAACACAGGGCACUCCCGGGAGCAAAUUAAUGAAUUAAUGACUCACAACUGGGAACGAAUACACAUGAUGAAUUCAGGCAAAGGAAGGACCAAAUAAGGAAACAGGAACAUACAUGUGUAACUAUAGAUUUUAAUAUUAGGUAUAUUACUUUUUUAUUUUAAAUCUAAAUAUAGUAUAACAGUUGCAAAGGCAAUAUUUCUCAUUUUAAUUUAGUUAACAUUGUAUAUUAAAAUAAAUACUUAAAGUGAAAUAAAAAUGAAUAAAGACAUAAAAAAACAAAACCUACUAAAAAUUCAAAUGAAAAUAGAAAUUAUAUAAUGGUCACUUAGUGAUACUAAAAUAACACAGCUUGGAAGUCAAAACCAGUUGGUUUUAAUUAAGCGCCAAUGAGAAGUAACAAAUGCCGAAGUGUGUAGGAGAGAGAAACACAAAUUAGUCACAAAUUAGAAGUACAAAAAGAUUUUUUUUUUUUUUAAUAUAAAUAUUUAUAAUUGUUUUAUAUAAAGUCAUCUGAAAGACAGAAGUCAUAUACCUAGGAUGCCUUGAGUGUAUAUAAUGGGCUAAUUUUCAUUUUCUGACUGAACUAACCCUUUAAAUAUAGAGGUAAGAUUGAAGAAGCUAAAAAUUUAAUAAAAACUGUUUUAUGAGAGAAACGAUCUACAGUAAUAUAAAGGGUAACACUUUAGAAUAAGGUUCCAUUAGUUAAUGUUAGUUAAUGUAUUAAUUAACAUGAACAAACAAUGAAUAAUACAUUUAUUACUGUAUUUAUUCAUCUUCGUUAAUGUUAGUUAAUGAAAAUACAGUUAUUCAUUGUUAGUUCAUGGUAAUUCACAGUGCAUUAACUAAUGUUAACAAGCACAACUUUUGAUUUAAAUAAUGCAUUAGUAAAUGUUGAAAUUAACAUGAACUAAGACUUAUAAAUGCUGUAGAAGGAUAGUUCUUGCUUAGUUCAUGUUAACGAAAGUAGUUAACUAACAUUAACUAAUGGAACCUUAUUCUAAAGUGUUACCAUAUAAAGUGAGGCAAACCAUGACUUUUUUUAAUAGAAAAUAUGGUAUCAUUUACGUGAUUCAUGUAAUUUUCUAUAUUUUUUGGAAUACAAAUAUGAGGGCCAGAAAUACAUUAAAUGCUUCUCAACAAGAAUAAGACCUAGAAUCUCUUAAUUCAAUUCAUUUCUUUAAAAAAAUAUAUUUAAAAAAAAUACUUAAUUUAAAAGAAUGCCAGUGUCCUGAAAAUAGUUCCCUUCUCGGGAUGACCUACAUGGCUAAAACUGUCAGAGACAACAUGUCACAUUGUGUAAGGCAGAGAAAAACCUGUCGAAAUGGACUACCAUGACAAAUAUGUGAAAAAUUUGGGUAACACCUCUAGAGGGAGGAAAUAAAUGAGAGGCAGGACUAGCCCAUAACUGUAAUGCCCAUGCACUACAGAUCACCCUGCACUGUUAGUCUUACGAUGUUUCUCUUUGCACAUGUACAGUAUUAUGUGAAUCACUCAUAUAGAUUUUUUUAUGUAUAGGUAAACAUUUAUAUAAGUAUACUUAGUCAAAAUCUGCAGGUUAGUUUUUUACUUCAUUGUUGUAUGUCUGUAUUUAUGUAGCACCACUGUAUGUCCACACUUGUAGAGGAAUGACAAUAAAGCUCAACUUGAACUUGAA